CCGACCCUGACGGCAGGGCUGGGUUUACAGGUGAAGCGGGUCUGAAGGUCGCGGGGAGCGCACCAGGUGAGGGCGGGGGUUGGGCGGAGCCGCGACCCCUUAGGUGUCCCCCCCAGCCCCGAGCUCAGCUCCCCCCGGCCCGGAAGGAGGGAGGAAGCGGAGGCUGAAUUAAUCCCAGCCCCAAGAAUAGGGCCCAGGUGUUCCCGCUUCCUGCCGGCUCUGCGCUUCUCCCGGAGCUGCCCUGAAGCCUCGAAGAGGAGCGGGGUACUCAGGGCAGCCCCACCGCUCUGCCCCAGGCACCGCGCAGCCCCCAGCCAUGGAAGCCACCGCCUCUCUGCUGGACGCUGCGGCCGUCGGGGAUCUGGUGAUGCUGGACCCGCUCAGCGAGGAAGCCCUGCUCCGCACCCUACAGGAGCGCUUCAGCCGCGAGGAGAUCUACACGUACAUUGGGGAGGUGGUGAUCUCAGUGAAUCCCUACAAACCAUUGCCCAUCUACACCCCCGAGAAGGUGGAGGAGUACCACGACUGCAACUUCUUUGCCGUGAAACCCCACAUCUACGCCAUUGCUGAUGAUGCGUAUUGCUCGCUGCGGGACCGGGAUCAGGACCAAUGCAUCCUCAUCACUGGUGAAAGUGGAGCUGGCAAGACAGAGGCCAGCAAGCUGGUGAUGUCCUACGUGGCGGCCGUGAGCAGCAAAGGGGAGGAGGUGGACAGGGUGAAGGAGCAGCUGCUGCAGUCCAACCCUGUGCUGGAGGCCUUUGGGAAUGCCAAAACCAUCCGCAACGACAAUUCCUCCCGAUUUGGCAAAUACAUGGAUGUGGAGUUCGACUUCAAGGGAGAUCCUCUGGGAGGGGUCAUCAGUAACUAUCUGCUGGAGAAAUCCCGCAUCGUCCGCCACGUGAAGGGCGAGAGGAAUUUCCACAUCUUCUACCAGCUGCUGGCGGGGGGCUCAGCGCAGCUGCUCCAGAAGCUGAAGCUGCGCCCGGACUGCAGCCACUACGGUUACCUGAACCGUGAGAAGUCAGUGCUGCCCGGCAUGGACGAUGCCGCCAACUUCCGUGCCAUGCAGGAUGCCAUGGCGAUCAUCGGCUUCACACCCGCCGAGGUGACGGCGCUGCUGGAGGUGACGGCCGUGGUGCUCAAACUGGGCAACGUGGAGCUGAGCAGCUGCUUCCAGGCCAGCGGGAUGGAGGCGUCCAGCAUCACCGAGCCACAGGAGGUACAGGAGAUCAGCCAGCUGGUCGGGCUGGACCCCAGCACUCUGGAGCAGGCGCUGUGCUCACGCACUGUGAAGGUGCGGGAUGAGAGCGUGCUGACUGCGCUCAGCGUCUCCCAGGGCUACUACUGCCGUGAUGCGUUGGCCAAGAACAUCUACAGCCGCCUGUUCGACUGGCUGGUGAACCGCAUCAACACCAGCAUCAGGGUGAAGUCAGGCAAGCAGAGGAAGGUGAUGGGAGUCCUGGAUAUCUACGGCUUCGAGAUCUUCCAGGACAACGGCUUCGAGCAGUUCAUCAUCAACUACUGCAAUGAGAAGCUGCAGCAGAUCUUCAUCCUGAUGACGCUGAAGGAGGAGCAGGAGGAAUACGUCCGGGAGGGCAUCCAGUGGACCCCAGUGGAGUUUUUUGACAACAGCAUCAUCUGUGACCUCAUUGAGAAUAGCAAGGUGGGGAUCCUGGCCAUGCUGGACGAGGAGUGCCUGCGGCCCGGCACCGUGAACGAGGACACCUUCAUCACCAAGCUGAACCAGAUCUUCGCCUCCCACAAACGCUACGAGAGCAAAGAGACACUGAACGCCAAACACGUCACCGACAUCAGCCUGCCGCUGCGCUGCUUCCGCAUCCACCACUAUGCUGGGAAGGUGACCUACAACGUGACAGGCUUCAUCGAGAAGAACAACGACCUGCUGUUCCGUGACCUGUCCCAGGCCAUGUGGGCCGCCCAGCACACUCUGCUGCGCUCCCUCUUCCCCGAGGGCGACCCCCAGAGACCCUCCCUCAAACUGCCCCCCACCACCGGCUCCCAGUUCAAGGCAUCCGUGGCGACGCUGAUGAAGAACCUCUACACCAAGAACCCCAACUACAUCAGGUGCAUCAAGCCCAAUGACACCAAGACGGCAAUGCUCUUCACUCCGGAUCUGGUACUGGCCCAGGUGCGCUACCUGGGGCUGAUGGAGAACGUGCGGGUACGGCGUGCAGGCUACGCCUUCCGCCAGCUCUACCAGCCCUUCCUGAAGCGCUACAAGAUGCUGAGCAGCAGGACCUGGCCCCACUGGAUGGGCAAUGACAGGGAGGGCACUGAGGUGCUGCUGGCGGAGCUGCAGUUCCCCCCCGAGGAGCUGGCAUACGGCCACACCAAAAUCUUCAUCCGCUCACCACAAACUCUCUUCGACCUGGAGAAGCGGCGCCAGCAGCGCGUGGCCGAGUUGGCCACCCUCAUCCAGGCGAUGUUCCGCGGUUGGCGCUGCAGGAAGCAGUACCAGCAGAUGCGCAAGAGCCAAAUCCUCAUCUCCGCAUGGUUCCGCGGCCACGCGCAAAGGAACCGGUACAAGCAGAUGAAGCGCUCGGUGCUGCUGCUGCAGGCGUACGCGCGGGGCUGGAAGACCCGCAGGACGUACCGCCGCUAUUUCCGCUCCGACGCCCGCACGCGUCUGUCCAACUUCAUCUACCGGCGGAUGGUGCAGAAAUACCUCAUAGGGCUGAGGAAUAACCUCCCCCCGAUGGCGGUGCUGGACCGGACCUGGCCUCCUGCGCCCUAUAAGUUCCUGUCCGAUGCCAACCAGGAGCUGAAGGGCAUCUUCUACCGCUGGAAGUGUAAGAAGUACCGGGAGCAGCUCUCCCCACAGCAGCGCGCCGUGCUGCAGGCCAAGCUGUGCGCCAGCGAGCUGUUCAAGGACAAGAAGGCGCUGUAUGCACACAGCCUGCAGCAGCCCUUCCGUGGUGAGUACCUGGGCCUGACGCAGAACCGCAAGUACCAAAAGCUGCAGGCGGUGGCCAAGGACAAGCUGGUGAUGGCCGAGGCAGUGCAGAAGGUGAACAGAGCCAACGGGAAGACGGUGCCGCGGCUGCUGCUGCUCACCACUGAGCACCUGGUGCUGGCCGACCCCAAAGCAGCACAGCCCAAACUGGUGCUCAGCCUCAGCGACAUCCGCGGAGCCUCCGUCAGCCGCUUCUCCGACGGGCUGCUGGCGCUGCACCUCAAGGAGACGUCCGCUGCUGGCGGCAAAGGUGACCUCCUGCUGGUGAGCCCCCACCUCAUCGAGCUCGUCACCCGCCUGCAUCAGACCCUGAUGGACGCCACCGCGCAGGCGCUGCCGCUGAGCAUCGCCGACCAGUUCUCCACGCGGUUCCCGAAGGGCGACGUGGCCGUCACCGUGGUGGAGUCGGCCAAAGGCAGCAGCGACGUCCCGGUCUGCAAGAAGCGCGGCAGCCACAAGAUGGAGAUCCUGGUUCACUGAGCGGGAGGGGGGGCCGGGAGUCCACCGCACCCCCUGCACCGCACGGGAACUGCUGCCGUCCCGUGAAACGUGAUCCGGCGUCCCAUUAAACUGCUGCCGUCCCAUUA